GAUAGGCAAGCAUGAUUCAAUUUCUAUCAACAUCGAUAGUCCCAAAAACAUCGAUUUCAGUUCCAGCUACAUACAAAAGUGCAUUGAAAAGUUCAAGAAAUAUGCCAGUUUGUAAAUAUUAAAAUCACUAGUUCGUCUUAAUGGAGAAUUAGCUGUCUUAGUAGCGGACUUCGGUUGUUUUUAUUUGUGAAAUGAUAGCCUAUCGUCUGCCUUCAUUUGUAUUGCGUGCUGGGUGUGUGUGUGUGUUCGCCUUCUGAUUGGAGAAAAAUGAACGGACUGCGACAGCAACAACAGCAGCAACAACAAAGGGUGAAGUGAGCGCAGAGUGCAACAAUUAAGUUUAAUUAAGCCAAACAAUUGAAUGCGAAGAGUCUGAGCUGUGCUGUCCCCCCCAAAAAGUGCAUUUAUUAAGGCGAUAUCCGAUUCAAGAUCGCCGGGAAGUAAAAACCCAACAGUCGACGAAAUGCCACCGUUGAAAACAUACCAGAUACACGAAUACAAUGGCAAUCCCAGUCCGAAUGCGAAUGCCAAUCAGAACGCCAAUCAGAAUCCCACCGGCGGCAGCGAUGGUGACUUCUUUGGCCAAAAUCUGGGAUCUGGAUCGGGUCUGGGAGCCACAGCAGCCAGCAAUCGCACAAACCUGCCCUCCUACUGCAACGCCCAGUAUCCGUUUAAGGUGCUCUCCAAUCUAAACCAACUGCGCGAGCAGUCGCGUUUCUGCGACGUGGAGAUCGUCGCCGGAAUGGCCACAUUGAGUGCCCACCGGGCUGUUCUGAGUGCAGCCAGUGCCUACUUCGAGGCCAUGUUUCGACCCGAACUCGGGUUAAAUGAGGUCAAGCAAAAAUCCGUGGUGCUGCACACAAUCGACGGCGAUAUCCUGCACAUCCUGCUUGACUUCAUCUACACGGGUCGCUGCGAAAUCACCCAGUCCAAUGUCCAGGAGCUGCUGGCCGCCGCCGAUAUGCUGCAGCUGAACGAGGUGGUCGACGGGUGCUGCGAGUUCCUCUGCCGCGAGCUGCACGCCUCCAAUGCACUGGGCAUUUUACGCUUCGCCGAGGCCCACAACUGCGAGUCGUUGGCCAAGAGUGCACUGAACUUUGUCCACGCCAAUUUCCCAGCGAUAACGCUUGAGGAUGAGUUCCUAGAAACGCCACAGACCCUACUCUCGCAGCUACUGAAUUCGGAGCUACUGCGUGUAGACUCCGAGUCGCAGGUUUUCCAGGCGGCGCUCCGUUGGAUCAAGCACGACGUGACGCAGCGCCGCUGCUACGUCUUCGAUGUCCUGUCCCACGUGCGCAUGGCCCUUGUUCCGGUGAAGGUGAUCGACAAGGCUCUGAAGGACGACUGUCGCGACAUGUCCGUGAAGAUAGCCCUGCGCUCCAUUUGCCGGGACAUUGCGUCAAAGCGCGGACAAUUGGUGCCACUACGGGUCUGUCCACGCCAGCUGGCCAAGAAGAAUAUAUAUAUCAUUGGUGGAUCCCACCGCGACACGCCGCGAACCUGGAACUCUGCCGACUGCAUCUUCGAGACGGUGGCCAAAUUCGAUAUAUUCCGUCGCGAGUGGACGGAAACGGCGCCCAUGGAGGUGGGACGCAUCCUGCCAGGUGUAUCAGCACUGAAUGGCAAGAUCUAUGUAGUUGGAGGAGAGCGCGGGUCACAAAUUCUGGCCAAUGGCGAGGUCUAUGAUCCACAAAACGAUGUUUGGCAACCGAUUGCCCCGAUGGUUGUGCCGCGCUGCGAGUUUGGCCUCUGCACCAUGGGCGGAAAUCUGUUUGCCGUCGGCGGUUGGAUUGGCGACGACAUCGGCGGCUCCAUGGAGUGCUAUGAUCCGGAGCAGGAUCUCUGGAAAUUAAUGGGCAGCAUGCCGCAGCCCAGAUUCAGCAUGGGUGUGGUCAGUUUCGAGGGUCUCAUUUAUAUUGUGGGUGGCUGCACAACUACAACCCGUCAUCUACCGGAUUUAAUCAGCUUCAAUCCAGUGACAAAAGAGUGGAACGAGCUGGCCCGCAUGCAAACAGCUCGCUGUCAGAUGGGCGUGGCCGUUCUGGAUCGGUACUUGUAUGUGGUUGGGGGCAGUAGCAUUAGUCAGGACAUUCUCAGCUCCGUGGAACGCUACAGCUUCGACGAAGAUAAGUGGACGACAGUUUGUGCACUAAACGUGCCCAGAGCCAUUCCUGCCGUGGCUGCCGCCGAUGGCCUACUCUAUGUAGCUGGCGGUGAUCAGCCCUGUGAGGUAAACUUUUACCGAGCCCAAGUGACUAUCAAUGCUGUCGAAUGUUAUGAUCCGCUUUCGGACACCUGGAAGAAUUGUCCCGACCUACCAGUUAGUCGUUCGGAGGCCGGAGCAGUGGUUGUUUAGGACCUCGGACUGGUCCGAGAUGGUCAAACACAAAAUCUGUCGUCGUUUUAAGAAAACACACGCGAAAAACGCUCUUUAACUGUAGCUCUUUGACAUUGUAUACGUUACACACAUCACAAAUCUCUUCCCUUUUUUCGAUUCAAUUGAACGUAGUGGUCACUCGCCAAAGAUAUGUGAGCGCGUU